GUGGGCAUUCCGCGAACCCACUCGCUUCCGGGUUGCGCUGCGUAGGCCUGCCCGGGAGAUGAUGCUUCGAUGACGCCGGUAUUAUACGCUUUGCCACGUUGUAGAGAGGGUUACGAGAGCUGAGCCGGCGGAUUUCUUACCAAAUCACGCACUCGAUAGGAAGACGUGAUCUUGACUGCACCACAGCCAGAUGUUGUGUCAGAUGUCAGAAUAAGUCUAGCUGAGUACAACAAAGAACAAUCUUGCCAGUCAGAAGCCAUGCAUCCAGACACACCCAGAAUGGACCACAGUUCAUCACUUCCCCUGACCAAUGGGAGCAUGGGACUCUCCCUUCUCAACAGUUAUCAUCCUCAGCUACAUCUUAGGGAGGAAGCACCUUUCUCAUUGGACCAUUCAAACCCAACAGUCAACUAUGAUGGCAACGCAGAAGACAUGAUAGAGACUAUUGUUAUUGAAGUCUUCAAGUGUAAGGAGUGCAGAUUUUACACUUCUGAGAAAAUAACGGUGCUGGAACAUGUCAGACAGGUGCAUUGUGGGAGGAGCAUGCCACAGGUUGGUUUACCCGCAGGGUCAGAGGUCAACUCAGAAAUAGACUGUAACCCCAUGGACUUGUCAGCCAAAACACACAGGUUGAGCGAUAAGGAUGCAUCAACACACCCUGCGCCCUUGCAGAAUAACCCCAGUAUCACAACUCAGGUGUCCACAACACCUCAGGAACCAAAAGUCUCCCUACCAGGAUUUUCUGAGGUCAAAGUGAAGAAGGAGAAGGAAGACUGCUCUUCUCCCUGUGGAUGUAUGCAACCCUCCCAGGAUGGGUGCCCAAGAGGGUGCCUACAGCCUCCUCAGAACACCUCAAUCCCAGCUGUGAACAGACUGACUAGUUUGAGUGACGGUCUCCGCAGCAUCAAGACUGAGCCCCAGGAUGACAUGGAGCUGUGUCGGAUAGACAAGUGGCCGUUUGUCUCGUACGAGCCUGUUCGGAAGGACGUGGCCAUGUCCCCCACCCAGCCACCCUCAGGGAAGCAGAGCCCAGCGGGUAGUGAACCACAGAUGAGCCCAGACUCCUCCCAGGACCAGCCGGGGAGAGUUCACCUGUCCUCCCCGGGGAGGGACUCCCCACCCCAGGGGAAAUACUCUCCUCACUACAACAGCAGCGAACACUCAGGGAAUGACUCGGAAGUGGACGUCCCCUCGUCCGAGGAAGACAUGGACGUUUUCUGUCUCGCUGGGAACAGCGCGGUCGUGCCGGGUCUCCCCGCGCGUCUGGACACCAUGUCGGAGGGCGGCCUGCCGCAGUUCCACCCGGUUCUGCAGAAGGAGCUGGAGAAGCACCCCGGCAUGGCCGCCCUGCGCACCAGGGAGGGCUUCGUCAAGAAGAUCCACCUCAUGCACAUGGUGCAGAAGGACGCCAGCAAGGGCGGCGGCUCCGAUGACGUCGUGCCCAGGAUCGCCAGGACCGUCUCCAUGGCAACAGAUGCGGCUAUGGAGGAGAGCCAAUCAGAGACACAGCAGGCUGACAGCGGGGAGUGGCUGACCAAGGAGACGUCCUGGAUUGAGUACAAGUGCCCCAAGUGUGAUCGGAGAUCCUUCAAGACUGCUGAGGAUCUAGACUUCCACCUGAAGUGUCACUCUGAUCAAGGAGGGUACAAGUGUAUCUAUUGUGGCCAUGCCACCAACAUCUGGAGCACCCUGAAGCAGCAUGUGUACAGCAAACACUGCCUGGACAAACCCUUCAAGUGCCAGCACUGUAGCUAUCAGGCUGCCAGCAAGCAGCUGCUGAAGGCACACAGACUGCGCCACUUGUCAGUAGGGGGUGACAGGGUGUCCAAGGACUACACCUGCUCCAUCUGUAACUUCACCUGCAGCUGGGGACCAGGCUUCCUACAACACAUGAAGGUACAUGGUGGGUUGAAGAGUUGUUUCCACUGCGGGUUUGUGACGUCCAACUCAGCAGUGCUGUACCGACACAUCGUCAAGAACCACAACUCCAGCAAACCCAACAAGUGUCCCGAAUCUCCCUUCACCUCCAACAACGCAAAUCUACUCGCCCUACACGCCAACAAGCACGCCAGUCCUGGCAAGGAGUCAGCCUCGGAGACGGCGAAGGUCACGCCCGGGUGUAAGAACGUCAUCAGGUACAGCAAGUACAUCUGUCAGAUCUGCGGGGAUUCCUACGAGGGACAGCAGGAGCUGAUCCAGCACGUGGUGACCAGCCACCCGGGGAAACAGCUGCUGUUCUGCGAGCAGUGUAAGUACACCACGCGGCGCAGGGACCACAUGGAGAAGCACCUGCAGUCCGGCGUCACCGCGGACGUCGCCGACGUGGGCUGCGCCAUGAAGUGUAAACUGUGCGGGCGGAUUGACCAGGACCGGGACGCGAUGGAGGCACACAUCCGCACCGCGCACCUGUCCGAGCUGCAGAGCGUGGAGGCGCUCAUUCAGGGCGCAAACUCUACCGCUAACAACCCAGCAGUAACCACACAGGAGGACAUUAAAAGUGACGCAGUACCGGCAACAAGUUCUGCCACCUCCUCUACAAGUGGAAAUAUAACAUCAACAUCUCCAAGUCCCAUGACAGGGUCUGCCGAGGACGCCUACCAGUCCCUGCAGGUGACGGCAUCACGAGAGACGGGAAACGGAGGGACGCUCAUGACCUUCCGCUCUGCCAAGCCCACGCCGCCCGCCCUGACCCCCGUCAUCGGCGGCAUGCCGUACUACAGCGUACAGCUACGCGACAGGGCCAACUCUGAACCGGGCAACGACUUUCACGGGUUUCUCAAGUUCAAGGUCAACAAGGAGACCAAGCAGAGGCUGAAGCAGGCAGCCAAGACCCGGCAGAAGGAACAGCCGGAAGACUUUGCAAAUAUGCAAAUGAAGUUCAAACUGCAAGGGGCAGGUCAUAGGAGGAGAGGUCGGAAGCCAGGUCAGGGUUUCCAAAAGCUUGUCCAAGAAGACCUAUUUUGAGUUGUAUGUUUUUCUUUAUAUGUAUUAUAGAGAUAUCACGGGUUCCUUUCAUAGAUGGUCAGGAAAAUAAAUAUAUUACAUGGCAAUAUUUAUUUCAAGCCUAAGAAUACAUGCAUGUUAAGUAUUAUGAUGAGAUUAUCAGACUUGGUGCUAUUGUGAACUGUCCAGUAUAUGUACAUGCAUGUGUAUGUCAGAUCAGCAAUGUUGCAAUCUAUGCAUGGAACAAUGCAGAUUCAAAUGUGGGAAAAGUAAGACGAUAUUUUGUUGCAUUCAGUAAUACCUCAGCUAGCUUUGUUUUGUUUUGUUUUGUGCCAGAAAAUGACAGAUGUCAGAAAAUCUCUGACAGACUGUGGAAAUAUUGUUGCAGAGUCAGCACAGUGUACUAUCUUGUCAAGGGCAGCUGAAGACAACUAUGUGUUCAUUUAAUCUUUACCAGAGUUGAUUGGCAUCAACCACUCA